CACCCAAUCAAAUGGCUGAUGUGGAGGAAGAAGAAGCCCCUCCACUGGCUGAGGAUGAGCAAAAUGAAGGAGCUGAAGAAGACGAGGGAGAUCUCGAGGGAGAAGGAGAAGACUCCGAGGAGGAUCAAGAAGGUGAAGAAGAAUCCGAGGAGGAGGAGAAGGAUCUAUUUGAGCUCCUCAAUGAAAGCGAGGAGGAGGACGAAGAACAGCAGGCAAUGUACAAGGAAUAUCUGGAGGUGGUCAAGGAAAUCGAUGACCAAAACUCGAUUUUACGAGAGCUUAAAGCCAAGUCAACUCGAUUGAUGUUCAAGAAGUGCAAGACCUUCAGGGACAAACAGGAGUACAGACGAUUGAGAGCGUGCCGAGAGCAGGAAGAUAUUCAUUUGAGGGCUCUGGUCAAUCGAGCCAUUCAACUGCAGAACUUUGGAGCUCCUAGGCGGUACGAGGGCAUAGAAUUGGAGUUUACUGAAGCCGAUCGGUGUUACUUCUACACCGGAAUUCAGUCGCCCUUACCAGGUACAUAUUCCUCUUCUUGUAAUGUGUGCUGUUUCUCCGAUUCUGAUUCAGAUUCCGACUCCGGCGAUGACCUCUGCUGUACUUAGUCUUCAGCUGUUUGGUUGGGCAUAAAGAGGGGGCUUUGUUGUGGUACCGAAUAAAGUGUAGAUUUGUAAAGA